GUAUUCCGCUUGGAACGACCGAAAGAAGGUUACAGCUGCGUUACUUAUUCUCCUCAAAAAGCUCACUUCGAGAACACCUUCGAUUUGCCUUGAUCGUUGGAAAAGUGGCGUUCAGCUUUCUCUACCUUAAUCUCCUACCCGCAAACGGUUAUGCUAAACUAGUGUCGUCUUCGCCGAGCUUGUUCUGUGGUUAGUGUUGGGAUCCCUACGAGUUAAAAUGGCUCCAGGAGUCGCUCAAACUCCAGCCAGCAUGCAUCCGACUCAGGAAAUCAUCCGGCCUGCAAAACAAGUCUCACCAGUCACGACACCAGUCAGCUCCCCUCCGCCGGCCACCGUGUCGACGGUCAACAGAUCGAGAAAACCCAAUUUUCAAGAUGAAGCCGAUCGAAUGCGCUCGUUCGGAUCGUGGCCAUCGACGGCCCCGAUCUCGAAGGACAAAGUCGCUAGAGCGGGAUUCUAUUACCUGGGUAGUGGACUCAAUGUCGCCUGCCCGUUCUGUGAGGUGGAGAUCGGAGAUUGGCACUUCAACGACGUUGCCUUGCGGAAACAUCGUGAACGAAGUCCUAACUGCUCGUACGUGCUCCAACGCUCUCUCCCGGACGUCCCUAUCGACCAGAUAAUGAGGAGUCCCAAGAAACGUCUGGAAACGUUCGUGGACUGGCCGAAGCCCCAAAUAGAUCCCCAGCGUUUGGUGAAUGCGGGCUUCUAUUAUCUCAAAGAAGGAGACAAGGUCCGCUGUGCCUGGUGUAAAGGAGUUAUCGAGUCCUGGGCCCCCGAAGACGUCCCUUUCGACGAGCACGCUAAGAACUUCAUUAGCUGCCCAUUCAUCCUCAACCCUCCACCGUACGCGCUCUGCGGAGAAGAUGAGUGCGGUCUCCGGAGCAUGUGUUCAACGAGUAAAGAUCCCGCUCCUGGGUCGUAUCCUGUGGGAGCGACACCCCACGUGGCUCCGAAACACCCUCACAUGGUCUCUUCCUCCUCGAGGAUGGCUACAUUCACGACAAAUUCGUGGCCCGCUGAGGCGAAAGUCAAAGCGGUCGAUUUGGUGGAAGCCGGCUUCUUCUUCCUCGGAAUGCACGAUUUCACGAAAUGCUUCAGCUGUGACGGCGGACUGUGCAACUGGGCCGAAGGCGAUGAUCCAUGGGUGGAGCACGCUCGCUGGUUCCCAGACUGUAAUUUCCUCAAGUUGAAUAAGGGCGAACCGUUCAUCGAAAAAUACAGGAACCUGCAUCAGCAGAUGUUGAAUGAGGCAGAGGUUGAAGCUCAAUCCCCGGAAGACCCGAUGGAUGAUACGCUCCGGAACGAGCUCGAGUUCAUAAUGAAUUCGUCGGAUGUCGAAUUCUUUUUGAAGCAGGGAGUACCCCCUCAGGUUGUCCGAAUGACUCUCAAGAAAUUCAUGCUCGACAAAGGCCGAGGUUUCGCGGGGCCCGAUGAACUGGGGGCGGUCCUGUCGCAAGUUGUGAGCUUCUCGAAGAAAGCCGCACCUGAAGCAAAACGGGAGAAUAACAGAGUCGAAGAAAUUCCCGAAAACAUGCUCUGUCGAGUAUGCAUGGUACACGAACGGGGCGUCGUGUUUCUACCUUGUGGACAUUUUGUGACAUGUCCAUCCUGCGCCGCUAGUGUGACAGAGUGUGUGAUGUGCAGAAAACCGAUCGUGAGCACGGUGCGGACUUUCUUUUCGUGAGCUCACGGAGUGCAUCUGUAGAUUUGUUUUGUGAUAGAUAGAUCUGCCCGGCUCGAGCGGAGCCUCACAAGUCUUCGAGAGAAGAUCCGCGAGCUAGACGAUAUUGAGAGGCGGCACUGUAAAUAAUGAUUUGUGGAGGAGCUGAAUAAAGUCGCUUGUGAUCUAAGAGUAAAAA